CAUUUUCGUCUCGCGGGAUCUCUCGGGAGGAUAGACGGGGUCAGGUCCCAUCAUGGCGGCGGAAGAGGCUGAUGUGGAUAUCGAAGGGGACGUGGUAGCGGCGGCGGGGGCACAGCCAGGAGGUGACAAAAAUACAGCAUCAGUUUUACAAAAAGAUCACUAUCUUGAUUCAUCUUGGAGAACAGAGAAUGGCCUUAUUCCUUGGACCUUGGAUAACACCAUCAGUGAAGAGAACAGAGCUGUUAUUGAGAAAAUGUUGUUGGAAGAAGAAUAUUAUUUAUCUAAAAAAUCACUACCGGAAAAAGUCUGGCUUGAUCAAAAGGAAGAUGAUAAAAAAUACAUGAAGAGUCUGCAGAAAACAGCAAAAAUCAUGGUACAUUCUCCUACAAAACCAGCCAGUUACUCAGUAAAGUGGACGAUAGAAGAAAAAGAGCUGUUUGAACAAGGGCUGGCUAAAUUUGGCCGAAGAUGGACCAAAAUUUCAAAGCUAAUUGGAAGCCGCACUGUUUUACAAGUGAAGAGCUAUGCAAGACAGUAUUUUAAAAAUAAGGUCAAAUGCGGUCUGGAGAAAGAAACACCCAAUCAGAAGAACGGCCAUAAUCUUCAAGUUAAAAAUGAAGAUAAAGGGACAAAGGCAUGGACACCAUCAUGUUUAAGGGGACGUGCUGAUCCCAAUUUGAAUGCUGUAAAAAUUGAAAAGUUAUCUGAUGAUGAAGAAGUAGACAUCACAGAUGAGGUGGACGAGUUGUCUUCUCAAACACCCCAAAAUAAUUCUAGCAGUGAUCUCUUCUUAGACUUUCCUAAUAGUAAAAUGCAUGAAACCAAUCAAGAAUUCAUUGCUUCUGACAGCCAGGAAGCUCUCUUUUCCAAGCCUUCCAGGGACUGUCUUCAAAAUGAAAAGCAAGAUGAAAUACUUUCAAGCUCAGAAAUUACACUGUGGACUGAGAAACAGAGCAACAGUGACAAAAAAUCAGUCGAAUUAAAUGACCAGAAAUUUAAUGAAUUGAUUAAAAACUGCAACAAGCAAGAUGGAAGGGGAAUAAUAGUUGAUGCCAGGCAGUUGCCUUCUCCAGAGCCUUGUGAAAUUCAGAAAGAUUUGAAUGAUAAUGGAAUGCUUUUUCCUUCUUCUUGCCAAGUGGUAGAGGAAAGUCAUGAGGAAGAAGAGCUUAAGCCACCAGAACAGGAAAUAGAAAUAGAUAGAAAUAUCAUUCAAGAAGAAGAAAAACAAGCAAUUCCUGAGUUUUUUGAGGGGCGCCAAGCUAAAACACCAGAACGCUAUUUGAAAAUUAGAAAUUACAUUUUGGAUCAAUGGGAGAUAUGCAAACCGAAAUACUUAAAUAAGACCUCAGUACGUCCUGGCCUGAAGAACUGUGGGGAUGUUAAUUGUAUUGGACGGAUUCAUACAUACCUCGAAUUGAUAGGAGCAAUCAAUUUUGGAUGUGAACAGGCUGUGUAUAAUAGGCCACAAACAGUUGACAAAGUACGAAUCAGAGACAGAAAAGAUGCAGUAGAAGCAUACCAACUUGCCCAGCGUCUGCAGUCUAUGCGUACAAGGAGACGUAGGGUCCGAGACCCAUGGGGAAACUGGUGUGACGCAAAGGACUUAGAAGGACAAACGUUUGAGCAUCUCUCUGCUGAGGAGUUGGCAAAAAGAAGAGAAGAGGAAAAAAGCAGACCUGUUAAAUCUUUAAAAGUGCCAAGACCAACAAAAAGCUCAUUUGAUCCCUUCCAACUGAUACCUUGUAAUUUUUUUAGUGAAGAAAAGCAGGAGCCAUUUCAGGUGAAAGUGGCUUCAGAAGCACUUUUAAUAAUGGAUUUGCAUGCUCAUGUUUCUAUGGCAGAAGUGAUUGGUCUGUUAGGAGGAAGAUACUCAGAAGUUGAUAAAGUAGUUGAAGUCUGUGCAGCAGAACCAUGUAACAGUCUGAGUACAGGACUACAGUGUGAGAUGGAUCCUGUAUCACAAACACAGGCCUCAGAAACCUUGGCUGUUAGAGGCUACAGUGUUAUUGGAUGGUAUCAUUCUCAUCCUGCUUUUGAUCCUAAUCCUUCCUUACGAGAUAUUGACACACAAGCUAAAUACCAGAGCUACUUCUCCAGAGGAGGUGCAAAGUUCAUUGGAAUGAUUGUUAGUCCCUAUAAUCGAAAUAAUCCCUUACCAUAUUCUCAGAUUACCUGCCUGGUUAUAAGUGAGGAAAUUAGCGCAGAUGGCUCUUACCGCUUACCUUACAAAUUUGAAGUACAGCAGAUGUUAGAAGAACCUCAGUGGGGAUUAGUAUUUGAAAAGACAAGAUGGAUAAUAGAAAAAUACAGGCUCUCCCAUAGCAGCGUCCCCAUGGAUAAAAUCUUUCGCCGGGAUUCUGACCUGACUUGUUUGCAGAAACUUUUGGAGUGUAUGAGGAAGACUCUGAGCAAAGUGACCAAUUGCUUUAUGGCUGAAGAAUUCUUGACUGAAAUAGAAAAUUUGUUCCUUUCCAAUUAUAAAAGCAACCAAGAGAAUGGAGUAACCGAAGAGAACUGUACAAAGGAAUUGUUAAUGUGAUUAUUUUAAAGUUAAGACAUUUUAAUCUUGACACAGUAGAUCUUACUUUCAAAGUUAUAACCUUGAAGUGAUUGUGGUUAACAUUGGCACAGCUUUGGUAUUUUUUCUCUAUUUCACAAAAUUCAAACUUUGCCACAUAAAUCAUGUGAAAAGGAAGAGAUACAGAUUUGCUUUUAUACAGUGAUGAUCAGAGUGUUCUGCAAACCAGGGUCCACCACGGUGUUCUAGACCUUUACUGAGCGAUGCUGUAGGCUGUGAAACUUAGGAGCCUGGUCGGCUUUACUGUUGUGUUCAGCUUGGGAUUUGGACUAUGUCUCUAAGUCAUUUCUUCCCUGAACUAGUCACUUAUGUUCCACUGUGGUAUCUCAUAUUUCAUUUAGAAGCACUUCGAUUCUUUCCAUAUGUUCUGGUGAGAUGUGUUGAUGGUUAUAAAUGAGAUAUGGAUGGGUGGUCACUGAGAUAAUUAAUGUGGUUUAGAACUACUGAUUAAUAAAUCUAACAACAGGAGGCCAAGAGAGGCAUGACAAGAAAAUCUUAAAAACAGGAAAAACCCAAAGGAGAAAUGACCAGUUUUUAAUCAUGGACACUUGCUUCCAUUUCAUUGUAUAGCAAAUGCCAUUUUCUCAGCUGUCUGAAAAAUUUUAACUAAUUUUACACACAUAAAAUAAUUAGCUUCAAUUGUGUGUCCACUUACAUUAGUAGGUUUGAUAAAACCUCAUUUAACUGGAACAUAGGUAAUCAUAACUCUCAAACUGUUUUUUUCUACUACCUACUAUUAGGAGAAAGAGGCAAAUGAUAAUAAAGCUGGAAUAAAUCAGAGAUUUAAUUUUUAGAACAAGCCUUUCAGGACAUACUACAUAUUCAGCCCAGUUUCAUAUGCUUUCUGAAUCUAUAAUGGAGGUCAGGGAACUUUUUUAAUGUAAAGGGCCAGUUUGUAAGUAAUGUUGGCUUUUCAGGCUGCAUGUGAUCUCUACAAGACAUUCUUCUUUGUCUUUUUUUUUUCAGCCCUUUAAAACUAUAAAAACCAUUGUUAACUCACAGGCCUCAUAAAACAUAGGUUGCUGGCUAUUAUUCUCCAACUCCUGAUCUAGAAAAUUUUAAACAUUAGAAUUUUGUUUUACAUUUGUUAAGCCUUACAUCAUCUUUAAAUGACACCAAAACUCAGAAUUGUGAUCUGCAUUUAAGCCCAUUUUAAAAUAAAAUAAGCAGUCAUGCUGCCUCAUUUAUUGAAAUUCAAUAGAUUUCAGUUUAUUUCUUAGUAGUCAGAGAAUUGAUUUAUACCUAUUCACCAAGCAUUCUUACUAAUGUUUCCUUAUAUCUAAACCAGAUUCAUUCUAUAUUUUUGCUUUGUUUGUAAUCAGUAGCCAAUGAAGAAUAAGGAGUAUUGGAAGAAGCAGUGAGCCAGGUUUAGGUGACCUGGUUCUUGUCUCAACUUUGUGAUUUGGGGAUGUCAACACAGUUUACUUUCCCUGAGCCUUAAUUCUUGUGUAACUGAAGUCUAACUUAACUUCUUAAUGUCCUUCCAGAACCAAAAUUAUAUUUGUUCAUUCUAAUUGUUGGACUACUCAUGUGAAGUUUAUAUUUUCAGUUAAUACAGUUUCCAAAUUAACAUACAUUUAAAAAAAGUUUCAGUUAAUACAGUUUACAAAUUAACAUACAUUAAAAAAAAACACACAGAAAUUUUUCCAUUUCUCUGUGUGCACUUAGGAUAAACAAUGAAGUAUAGCUUAUAAAACAAUUCGUUUGAGGGCUGAGAGUGUAAGAGUAACUAUACCAAAAGUCAGGAAACCUGAGCUCUUACCCUAACUCUGUUACCAACUUUGCUGUGUGACCUUAAUCAAAACAUAUAACCUGAACCCCACGCUCACCAGUAAAUCAAGGGCCUGAAUUUUAUGGCUUAGUAUUCCCUUCCAGGCUCAGAAGUUGCAUGGUUCUGUGAAAGGCAGUUCUUGAUUCCUUUGUACUCAUCUUCUUUUUGACCUGUUUCCUUAUGAUAUAUUGGUGAAAAAAUACAGAAAGUGUUUUAUAUUAGCUUUCUUGAUUGACAUUUCCCUAUAAUACUGAUGAAUUUGGGUAAUGGAAAGUAAUGGAAGUUGUUAAAAGUACUGCUCUCAAAUCUGAGUUUCCCUGUCCUGUGUGCCAAUGUUUAACCGUAUUUGCUAAUCUAAGCCAUAUUGUGAGGAUCUCAAGGAUGAUACUUGUCAAGAGUUUGGGGCCUUGAGAGCACAAUUUUCAAAGUAAUAUUUAGUAUUUUCUGACUAUAGAGUUCAUUUGUCUUGUAAAAUAUAUUUUAAAAUUACAGAGAAGUGUGAAGUACAAAUAUCUCAGUGCUACUAUUUAAAAAACGCAAUUAGUGUAUAAAUCCUUCCCCAUCUUUUUAACAGCAUAAUUUUAGUAUGUUAACAUUGGUUACUUUUUUAUCUCUUCUUCCAUCAUUUUCCCUGCUUCCUUUUUCUUUUGUCAUAUUCUUAAAACAAUUUUGCAACCACAGGUACCCACAUUGCUGUCACUGCCAGCCUUGGGCUACUACCGAGGAUAAUGGAGCCAGGGCCUUGGAGAAGCACAGAGGAAGUCUAGAACUGAGGGGGCCUAUGACACAGGAAGUUCAGGAUGCAGGGUCUCAAAGGAACACCUGCCUCUAAUGUUUACAGAAGUGAAGAAAGGACUAAGGGACUUAAAGACAUGCAGGUGUCUUCAUCCUGAUUCUGUCUUUAUUAUUGCGCAAUGGCUAUAAAAUAAUGAGCUUAAUUUUUUUUUUUGUUUUCUGGGUUGGCUAAUGGAAAUCGACGCUAGCACUUCCCCAAUAUUAGACUUACCUAAUUCCAAAGUAGCAUUCAAGGAAAGAAAAAGCAGUGGAGCAGGAUCAGUAAGCUCAGACUCUCCAUCUCCAUUAUUUUAGCCUUGACCAUUCUUCUCUAAUCCUUUUAAAUUAUCUUCAGUUUCCUGUUCAAAUUAUAUGGCUUCAGUUACAAUUUGUUUGACCCUGUAUUCAGAGCUGCAAUAUGAUUGUUGUGGGCCCUAGGUAGUUUUGCCUUCUUAGACCCCUUCUUCCAUACAAAAUUUAAAGUGAUAUUUUACAAUUGUGUUUGUAUGAAAUGAAUGUAUUAAUAUUUUAGAUUAAAACAUUUUGUUUAGUCUAAAAGUUCAGUGUUUUCUUAUGAGGCUAAAAAAAAAUUAAAAUAUUUUUCUGGGCUUCUAAAAUACUGUGGGCCUUAGGUACUGUGCGUAAUGGAUAAGUUGGCACUGCCUAUAUUCUGAAGGGCAUCACUGGAAAAAUAGCAGUCAUUAUUCUGUCCCCUUCUCCCACUAGCACAGUUCUUGGGGAAGCCUUUGCCACCCCAAGCAAGAGCACUAUAGUUUCCAUGGUUAUAGAUCUAUAGACUUGAACUUCCUUCCCAACCUAACCAAAACUCACGCGGGUUACUUGGGACCAUUCAUCUUCAGAAAAGAUAGGAAGCAGUGGUUUCUUUUAGUCUUCAGAUAUUUUGUUCUGGUCGGUCCCUAAUCUAUAGUUUUGAAACUCGUGCCGCACUUGAAAGGGAAACAUCCUACUACCUUUCUUUGCUCUCCAUUUCCCACAAACCCUUUCCUUCAUCGUCACUCCCUCCAUUCUUCUCAGCAUAUAGAUACAAGACCCUUCUUUCUAUUAUUUGUUGAGAGCUAGGCCUGUAGAAUAGAGAUGAACAGACCAUUCAUGUUUCCCUGAAGCUAUUUAAUGCUGCUCCCAGUCUUCUGUCCAUACCAUUCCUUCCCUGCCCCUAGGAGUGGGGUUAAGGUCUGUGACAUGCAGACUGUAAGCACAGUCAGAAUCUGCAGCUCUCAACCCAACAGAGACUGUGGCCUCAACAUGCCAACCGGAGCAGGUCUCCUCCUCUGCAUUACCUUCCUCCCAUUUCUCUUGCUGAGUCCUGAUGAGUUGAGCUGGAGGAACUAAUAGUCAGGAUGCCCUGGAAUUGAUGCUGCUCUGUUUUGUGCUCACAAAAGAGCCGUGUAACACAUGACCACCUGAGUUGAAGCCAUCCAGUCGCAAGUCAACAGACAGCAGUUGAUGGAAUUCUCAGUAGAAAUUCAGUAAGGGUGCCCACAUUUUUUUUUUCCACCUAUACUCUACCAAUAGCUAGAUUGGUCUAAAUCUAGAGUCACUUAUAUGGUAUUUAGGAAAACUUGUUUUAUCCAAGCACAAAGAAAAGCACAUACAUUUUUAUGAUCAUCUGCUUCGUCAGGGUAAAUAAAUGAUUUAAAAAGAAUUUUGAUCAGCAGCUCUAGUUUACCAGUACUUUAAUAUUAGUUUUCUUACAAAUUAAUAUAUUUUGCAAUAUUUCCAGAAAAUCAGUGCGGGAGAAUAAUAUAAUUUAGGAUAUAUUUCCUGACCUUUUCUUAAAUGGCUUUAUGUGCUAUUCCCCCACAUUCUGCUUUCUCUAUUUUCUUUUUUAUUUAACCUAUAAUUAUACUUUCUAGUAUAUUCUGAGUCUGUCUUCUAAGCCACCUUACAUUUUUCCUGGAACAAGAGAGGGAAUAAAUAUGUUGUCUCUUAAAUCAGGAGAAAAUAAAAAUAUCCCAGGGGAGCUGUGAUUAUGUCAAGAGCUCUAAACAGAAGUUUGAGAAGGUAAAAUUAAGUUAUAAUGUCUGAGUUGUUUUUAUUUUCUUCCUUUGAUGUUUACAAAGGUAUCCAUAAGAACUUUAAUUUCAGGGAAAAAAUGCCUGAUUUGCUCUUUUUGACGUUUCCUUGUCUCUUAAGAAGUCAGUUAAAUAUUUUUCAUAGUUUAUAUUCCUAUUUCAUAGAUUACUGUAAAAUGUGUUUAAACCUACGAAUUAUAAAAUAGUAUUUAGAUUCUAGCAUGAGUUAAAUAGAUCAAUCAUAUAUCUUUAGGUUUGUGGAUUUGACAUGUAAAUUAUGUGUUGUGUAUAAGUUACUAAACAUACUGCAUGGUUAUUGAUAAACUUGUUGCUUGUUUUUUCCAAAUGCUAUCAGUGUUUGUGGACUUUCUAAAAUUAGUGUGAAUUUUGGAAUGUUCUGUAAUAAAAUAUAAUUUCAACUAUUUUGUACAUUUAAACAUGCCAUGUUGUAUAUGUCUGUAUUUAAAAAUAUUGUAAAUAUCUGCAUUUUUAGAAUUAUGAAAGAUUUUCCUCAAAAAUGACAACUCUCCAUACUUAAUUGUGACACAUUAUAAAAUAUCUGAUUUUAAGCUUUUGGAUUUUAUCUUGUUCUAAAAAUUAAGUUUAAACAUGCUGGAGAUUCCAUAAAAAUAAAAUUUUGAAAAUAAAGUGA